AGAAGCACCUGUUCUCUUAACGCAGCACUUUUUUAUGUUAAUGGCCAGUUCAAGCAUUCCACACCCCCAACUUGCUUUCAGAGCGCAACACCUUUAACUGAGCCAGCAUCUGCAGGGACACCGGUCACUGUAACUCUUUUCCUUCAUCUUGUGGGUCCAUUCUCUCUGCUGACAUGAUCUGGACUACUGUGUUCCUCGGCGGGUUGUGCGUCUUCCACUUUGCUCUGACUCUCAGAGCCGAGAUCAGCAACAGCCCCUGGGGGAGGACGGUGACUCUCAGCCGGAGCCAAACGCCCCCACGCCACCGGAGGGACACCAGCACCUCCACGGGCACCUCGACCCCUUCUCGAGGUCCUGCCUUCACCUCCUGCUGGCUCCCCCUCACCCCGACAGAGCACAAGAUUCUGGAUGAUAACACACAGGAGACAGGGUUUAAUGGUGAUGAUGGCUCCUAUGUGAUUCUCACAUGGGUGGGUGAUGAGACAGGAGUGAUCCUGGUGCUGUCAACAAUCAGUGGUCCACUCAAUGCUUACCUAGCAGGAGGCUCGUCUCGACUUUACCGAAGCACUGAUUAUGGCAAGUCCUUUCAUGACAUCUCCCACUGCAUCAACCACACCUUCAUCAAGGAAGAGUUUGGAGUCAGUGUUGGACCAGGGAGCUCAGUGAUACUUACUGCAGACACACAUAUAGUGGACAACCCAGGAGGGAUCAUCUUCACGUCUAUGGACGCUGGAGCAACUUUUAAGUUCAUCCAGCUGCCCUUUCACCUGGCUCAGCCCAUUACCUACCACUUCUUUAACCCUGACUACUUGGUGGCCCUCAGCAUAGAUGGCGGUCUUUGGCUCUCUAUGGACUUUGGCGCCAAAUGGACAAAAGUUCACGAUGGAGUGCAUUCUUUCUCAUGGGGAGCCGGCAUAAAUUUGUUCUUCAGCUGCAGCCGGGUUGAUGCAGUUGAAGCAGAAGAAAGAGGGGAUUUAGCGCUGAAGAGGACAAAGGAUCUGGGGAAGACCUUCACCAUAAUUCAUGAGGACAUCUUCAGUUUUGGCUACAUAGGAGCUUUUCUCUUCUUCUCUGUUAUGGAAGACCCGAGGUCUCCGCGUGUCAUGUAUUUUUCAUCAGACCAAGGAGACACCUUCAGUCAGGCCGUUCUGCCUUCUGCUUCCACAGAGCAGUUUUACUCCAUCUUGGACGGCGAUGAGGACAUGCUCUUCAUGCAUGUGGACAACCCAGGAGAUACCUUCUUUGGUACUAUGUACACAUCUGAUGACCGUGGAAUACUGUUCUCCAAGUCACUGGAGCGGCAUCUGUUUGAUGGACAUAGGAAGAGCGAUUUCACCAACAUCACCUCUCUGAGAGGAGUUUACCUGACUAAUAAACUAGAUUUUGAUGGCCGAAUCAGAUCCGUCAUUUCCUUCAACAGAGGUGGAACUUGGAGGCAACUGAAGAAACCAGAGAAUGUUAAUUGUGCAGACAAUGCCAAGCGUUGUAACCUACAUAUUCAUGGAGAACACAGUCGUAAUAACAAAGUAGUUCCAAUGCUUGCCCUGUCUGAGCCAUCUGCCAUUGGUCUCGUCAUUGCUCAUGGCACCGUGGGUAAUUCUCUCUCAUCAUCGCAGCACCCAGAUGUCUUUGUUUCCUCAGAUGGGGGUUAUAACUGGAUAGGGACCCUUAGGGGUCCUCACCACUACAGCAUACUGGACUCUGGGGCUCUCAUAGUGGCUGUGGAGGCCCACCAUGAAGGACAAGUCAAGACCAUCAAAUUCUCAACUGAUGAAGGCCAGUGCUGGAAGUCAUAUAACUUCACCGAGCAGCCCUUCUUCUUCGCAGGCUUGGCCUCUGAGCCAGGCACCAAGGCCAUGAAUGUCAGCGUGUGGGGUUUCAGGCCAGAGGAAGAUGGCCAGCCAAUGUGGGUGGCCGUCACUAUCGACUUCCAGAGCCUCAUUACCAGAGAAUGUAAUAACAAGGACUAUGAAGAGUGGCUGGCUCAUUCUACAGAAAAAGGGGACUCAAAGAGAAAUGGCUGUGUCCUUGGUAUGAAGGAGACCUAUAGGAGGUUGAAGAAGCAGUCUGUGUGCAGAAAUGGGCGAAACUUUGUUGUCACCAAAAAACAAAUCCCCUGUCCAUGCACCAGAGAGGACUACGUAUGUGACUAUGGUUACUAUCGUCAUGUGAACACCUCGGCGUGUGUGAGGCAGCCAAAUACUCCAAAUAAAACCUUUGAGACGUGUCUGAAUGGAGAGGAGGAUGAACUUCUGACAGCAGGGUACCGAAAAGUCCCAAGUAACAAGUGUGAAGGUGGGUUCACUCCUCAGGAUGUGGUGCAGACAGUCAUCCGACCAUGCGGAGUUAAACCCAGCCCUGGCCCUUCUGCCAAGUCCACAUCUUCAGUUACACACUUUGAUACACCAAAAGAAAGGCUUGUCCUGAUCCUGGUGUCUGCAGGCGCAGCAGUUAUUGUCCUGCUGGCUAUCUUCUCUGCAGUCCUUGCUGUCAGGAAACAGGUUUAUAGAACCAGGAUGCCAGCAUAUCGCUUCUCUAACUUACGCAUCCAGGAUGAUAAUAAUGGCAUCUCAGCCGACCUGGAGAGUGGUGCCAGCAGCAACGGCACAGCCUACCAGCACGACUCAGACGUGGAUCUUCUUGAAUGACACAUGACUAAAAUUCAAGAAAAUGCUAACGAUUGAAAUCAGUCGCACAGAAAAAAUACUGCUCCAACUAUGAAUGAAAAGACAUGAAAAUAAUAACUGUUAACUUAUUAAGUUAAACUAUUUUGUGCCUUAUGUGUGUAUGUUUUUUUUUUUUUAUUUGUACAGUAUUUUUCUACCUUAUUUUAUUUACUUUUUUGCAAAUAGUUCAGCUUUUAAAUGUAAAUACCCUGAAAAAAAUAUUGACUGUUCUUUAUGUCUGUACCUUUUUGGUGUGUUUAAUGUUUUAAAAAUAUUUUUGCUUGCAUGUGGUGUUCUCCAACACAAAAAAAUGAAACAUCCCAAACAUUAAUGCGUUGAAUCUGCCAAGAAGGUCAGUAGGGGGCAGUGUGAUAUGCUCUGUCUUUCUCAAAAGAAGUGAAGAAAAAUGCAGGAAGUUGGUGGAGACAAAGAGUUUGUUUGACAGAUGUGUCACUCGUAUAGGAUUACUCUAAAGAGAAACUUAAUUUGGAUUGAAAUUUUUCAAUGGGAUUUACCUUUUCGAGUCAUUGGAUAAAACAUUUUGAAUAAUAUACAAAAUAACUCGUUUUAUUUUAAAUUUGUAUUUACUUCGAUUACUGUUCUUGCAGAGAACGUAUAUUGUUUUUAAGUUUUGAUACAAAGUUACAACUUUUUAUUUGUAUAUAUUAUAACUGCAUGUUUAAAGUAAUUAAUUGGGGGGCUAAAGAGAAUUAUACUUGUGAAGCUGCUGCUUAACUGGCUUUAAUGUAGAAUUAUGAUGGACCUCUUAUUUAUUUUUCAUACACUUAACAUGUUUUACAUCUUUGCUGAAUCAGUUAAACAUAGUUAAAAAUAAAUGUUUUUCCUGUCAAAGUAACCAGUAUGUAAGGUUUUCUCUGCUUGUUGAAUAGGUAGUUUCAUGUCUGGAUGAACUAUUUAUUGCUCACUUUGUAAGAAUUUACUUGUCGGAUGUUUUGCAUCAGCUUUACAAAUGACAUAUAGAAAGAAUAAAGAAACAAAAAGCAA